AUGGGUUUUCUCGCCAGGAUGGGCGGAGCGGUUUUCGCUCGGUCCGUCCUCUAUGCCGCAGUGGCAUGGGUCGGUGUCGUGAGUAUUUCACAUGUGUCGGCUGAGGUCGGUCUGCUUCUCGGCGGAAUCAACAAGGAAUUCGUCAUGGAAUCUCGUGGACAUAACUGGAGUAUGGAUGCUGGAGCGUGUUUUGUGGGCCGCCCCCGCCAUCUGGUCGUCGAUCCCACGCUUGAUCAUGAUUUCAUGAGGACGCAGGAACUGAUCACCAACUACACAGGGCCGCGUCUUUGUGCGUGGCUAGAGAACACGUAUACGGAGCAUAUGGCGCAAAAGAAAGCAUGGGAAGCUGAGCAUCAGAAAUCCAAGAGCAGCGUGUCAGUGUUUAACGUUCUGAAAAAACUGAAGAAGGCCGUUGCUUCUUUUCCCGUAUUUACGGUCACGGUGACUGUGAGGUACUUUGACCUGUGGCACGACGAUAGGUGGGGGAAUCCUCUGCCGUGGAUCAUGGCGAGGUUUGAGUACACGCUUCCGGAGAACGGAUACGGUCUUUUCUCGCACAUAUCCCCCGUUUUUUCUAUGAACCCGUCAUCUGGGACGGCAGCAGUGGUACACAUCCUUCUAAGCCCCCCGCCCACCUUCAACCAGUAUGUGGAUCUCGGUAAAGAGAAGGCGAUCCUGUUAUCGGCCUUAGCAAGUGGCACAGGAGUAGGCCACGCGAUACUGGCGGGGGACAAGAAGUCACCAGUUGUCCAGGUGUUCCAAUUAGGGCAGCUCAUCUAUGCUUUGGCUGAAAACGUACUGACGAUGAAGUUUGCGAUUGGUGACUUUUGGCUGAAAGGCACCGAAUGCUACAUUCUUUCGAGGUUGGCAGUAACAACGCUCAUUAAUGGCGUGCCACUAUGCCAGUUUGUGGCAAAUCGAGGCGGCAGAGGACUAUGGGCGCUUUACAAAGCAGAGAAAAGGAAGUCAGUUGCUGUGAGUGUCACAGCCGUCGACUUCUUCAAUUACCGCCGUCCCACUUUCCAAGCAAUAGUGACAGAAGGGUUGAUUUUUGGAGGUGUCAAUGACGCCCCUGUCGUAAUGGAGCUUGUCACAGACCCGACGGUGAUUCCUAAGUAUGUGGGAACGGUCAAAGCGGCGCGAAAAGUCCGGUGGACCGUAUCCUUGUUGAAGUUUUUCCACUUUGUUGCCGAGACCGGUAUGGCAGUAUACGAUGCUAAGGAAGAAGUCGCGAGGAGGAGGGAAAUGUCACGUAUCCUCGCGGCCUCUCGCGGGGAACUCGGUGCCAGAUGA